AUGAUAGAAAUUCACAUUUUUGCCUACAUUUUCUUCAUAUUAUCUCCCAGUGUUUUUGCCGGUAACCUUGGAAACUUUGUGAGUGAUGGACUCGUUCCCGAUAUUAUUCCCAAUCCACCACCAAAUCCACUCACUGUCACGUAUCAAGGAGGAGUGCAGAUGAAUUUCGGAGACGAACUCACUCAACAACAAGUUUUUUACCAACCAAUUGUCAGCUGGGCAUCUGAACCAAAUGCCUUGUAUACUCUCAUUUUCACAGAUCCGGAUGGCCCAUCAAGAGCCAACCCAACCUCCCGCGAGUUUGUUCACUGGAUGGUAGUGAACAUCCCCAAUUCAAAUGUGUCACAAGGAGACGAAGUGGUUGGAUAUUUGCCAUCUGGACCGGCACGUGGGACUGGACUUCACCGUUACACUUAUCUUCUCUACAAACAAAAUGGAAGAAUCAAUCCUGGCACCAAGAUCCAAAGCACUACACUCGCCGGUCGAAGACCGUUUCACUCCAACAUUUACGCUCAACAAAAUCGAAUGACUCUGGUGGCCGGGAAUUUCUAUCAGUGUCAAUGGCAUCAAGGAGAUUUGGGACCACCAUCAAAA